GGGCACCAGUGGCCAGCUCUGCAAGGAGAGCAACUUCGGCGUCCUCGGGCUGCGCGGGACGUACGUCGCCGAGGCUGGGCUGCCGAAGGCGACCAGCGGCUUGGGCAAGGACGGCUGGAAGAGCACGCGCGGGGCGGCCCUGGUCGCAGGCAACGGCGCCGGCGGCACCUGA